ACCAAACCUCGCUGUGGUCAAGCUAACUACCCCUGGUCGCUGUCAGGAAGAGUAACGGCAGAAACACAACAGCAUGGACGAUACCAGUCACUCAAAGUCACUGCUGGACUAAUGAAAGUGAGAAAUAUGUGGAAGACAGUGCCUUCAGCACCGGGAGACAUUUUUAUCAACUCAAGUUUACUCUCAAUAUUAUCACUACGCCGUUGACGAAACUACGUUAGCGUAAGUAGUAACUGAUGAAGCGGCAAGCUAACGGCUAGCUAUCGUUAUCUAACUAACCUGCUGCUUGGCUCAUUUGAGUGUUAGAGGAGAGCUUCAGUUCAGAGAAACGUGCUAACGACUAGAAAUAACGCACCCGGUGAAGGAUACCAAAACUUCUUCGUGCUUGUGUCAACAUUUGUCAGCUCUCGGAGCCUGCAGUUGCUGCCUCGCUGGUGGUCGAAUUCAUGAACGUGCUCCGUGACAGCCGUGUAUAGUCCUCAGGGAUGGGGAGUGGAGUCCAGGAACAACGGGCAUCACUCACACAGGGAGAAGUGCUGCCCCUGGCUUCGUCCAGUCAGUCAGAGGGCCUGAAGCAGACUCAGUCUGUCCUCAACUCACUCUUCUCAGGGGCUUUAGCAGGAGCUGUGGCCAAGACAGCUGUCGCCCCUUUGGACAGGACUAAAAUCAUCUUCCAAGUGUCUUCAGCGAGAUUCUCUGCCAAGGAAGCCUACAGGUUGAUCUACCGCACCUACCUGAAGGAUGGCUUCUUCAGUCUGUGGAGGGGCAACUCUGCCACCAUGGUUCGGGUCAUCCCGUAUGCUGCCAUCCAGUUCUGUGCACAUGAGCAGUACAAAGGGCUGCUGGGAGGCUACUACGGCUUUCAGGGGAAGGCCCUGCCUCCACUUCCAAGGUUACUGGCCGGGUCUAUGGCAGGCACCACAGCAGCCAUGCUGACCUAUCCUCUGGACAUGGUGCGAGCUAGGAUGGCUGUAACGCCAAAGGAAAUGUACAGUAACAUCCUGCACGUGUUUGUGCGGAUUUCUCGAGAAGAGGGACUGAAGACGUUGUAUCGAGGUUUUACCCCCACCAUUCUGGGUGUUGCACCCUAUGCUGGUCUCAGCUUCUUUACCUAUGAGACACUAAAGAAAUUACAUGCAGAGAGAAGUGGACGCCCGCAGCCCUACUCAUAUGAACGCCUGGCCUUCGGAGCCUGCGCUGGUCUCAUCGGUCAGUCGGCGUCUUAUCCUCUGGAUGUGGUGCGACGGCGCAUGCAGACUGCAGGAGUCACAGGUCACACGUACGGCACCAUCCUGGGCACCAUGAGGGAGAUAGUAUCUGAGGAAGGGAUUAUCCGCGGACUCUACAAAGGUCUCAGCAUGAACUGGGUCAAAGGGCCCAUCGCGGUGGGGAUCAGCUUCACCACCUUUGAUCUUACUCAGAUUCUCCUGAGGAAGCUGCAUCAGAUGGGCUAUACGGCUCGAUAAUGUCGAGGAAAGGAGGAAGACGGGGGGAUAGCAGGAUGAGGAGGAGGAGUGUCCCCUUAGGCCCUCUGAGGAGAAACUGAGAGAGUGACGAGUGUGUAAUCGCUGGAUGGAAGAAAAAACACACACACACACUGUCUCAGGAUGCGUGGGUAAUAUUAAUGUAUUCUCCCGCUUUAUCUGUGUGCAGCAGGAGAUGUUCUGUCCCUGUUGGCGUGAGGUAUGUUGGAUGGUACUGAGUACCUGUACACACUGUUGUCAUGUACAUCUAAGUGCAAUACGCUCAGUGAUUUUAUGUGUAUAUGUGUGUACACUUAAAUUAUAACGCUCCCGCCCUCGUGGACCAGACCUGCGAGUGUGUUUCCGUUAGUCAGAGAGUUCUGAGGUUCACACACACACACACACGCACUGAGGUCUCCCAUCUGCCUUGUGUCCGCUUAAAACUGACACCUUCCAAUGCAAUGCAGGUUGCCACUCAUUUAACUUUUAAGAUGCAUUUGACUUGACAAGAGUAAAAUAUGCCCCCUUGAGAUUUGUUUUGUUGUGAUUGAGUUUGUUUUAAGGAAUUAUACCAAAGGUGAAGAUAUGAGCUAGCUGCAGAUUAUAUAUGGUGUUAGCAUAUUUAGGCACAAACGUUCUCAGAGUAUGACUGAAGAGCAAAAAAUCUUGCCCAGCACAGAGGAAGCAGCAUCGUUACUGCUGUCACACAGUCAGUUUUUGUUUGAGUUGAAUAUCACAUUGGGUCUUGUAUGAGUUAAACAGAGCUUCUACAGAUUGAAUUUACAGAACCAAGACUUUCAUUUGUAGUUUAGCUGCUGCAGUGACUGCAGACAGAUGAGCUAUAUGUUUAUGCCAGUGCCAACAUAUGAGGUGUAAAGAGUGCCCAUAUUAUUUUAUGUUUGUUUUUUUACUGUAAUCAUAUCAUGGGCAUUUUAAAAUAUAUUGUGAAUUUUUGUUGUCUGAAUUAUUGAUAAAGGUGAUAAGACAGAUUUCAGUCAAAAGAUAAUAAUUGAGAAAAGAAGCUAAAUCUGACAGCAGACAGUUAAAACAGGUUAUUACAAACAUGAGAUUACACUCAUUUAACAUUUUAUUAGGAACACUGGUACAAUAUAAUGUAAUCAAAUAGCCCUUCAAUGAAUAUCAUCAUAUAAAAGUUUAUGAUGUAUGUUGUUGCUGACAUUGUGUGAGAGGCAUUGAUUCAACUCUGGUCAUUUUUUGAGUUUUAUUGUUUUAGAGUUCAGUAUAUUGUGCAGUUUGGCCUAUAUUCUGUCCCCCAAUGAAAAUCAAUGUUGGAGUCACACACAUACAAAAAUUGUCUUCCGUUUGUUGUCAGUAAGGCAGCUGCAGGACGUCUUUUGCUGCCGUUCAUGCUUGUUGUGUUAAAAUAAUUUUUGACAGACUCAUAACUUUUAGUUUGAGUGGAUUUUUCCUUUUAAACAUUCAUCAAAGAGUUGUAGCAGUUUUUGCUAAUGAAUUAACUUGACUGGAAAUAUGCACACAUUUAGUGAGGAGAUGAUUUGAGUUCUCUGUGAUAGUUUGAUAUAAUUUAGUUGUGUCAGUAUUUUAACUUACCUCAACACAAGCAAAUGUUCAUGAUGUGUUAUGUGGAGCCGUGUCAAAAUGGGAUUUAGUUUGCAUUUCACCGUCCGUGAGGCAGUGUAACAUUUCAACAGCGCUGAUGCCGGCUUACAGGUGUUGAGGAGUGUCAAUAGUUUCUAUACUUAGAGCACACAAACGCAGGCAGGACUGUUGAGCUGAGUGAGCAGCUGAGUGCAGAGCCAAGUGGAGCAGAGGGCAUGAAAGUGUCAUCAGAAUAAAGCAGAAAGUUUCCCCUGUUAAACAGAUCUGAAGAUCUCAACUGAAACCUGAAAAACAAACAAUAGCCUGUGUAUUUUUAAGUCUACUAGGGCUGCACAAAUGAUUAUUUCUUAUUAUGGAUUCAUCUAAAAAUGAUUCUGACCAGCAGACAAGAAACCCAAAAUAUUAAUUUUAUGGUAUUAAACAACAACUUUUUUGCAUUUGUGAAUCUAAUCUGUAAAUGUUUUCUUUUUUUGUUUUUUGCCCAUCGGCUAAUUGAUUUUUCGACUGAUUAUUUUUGCUCUUGUGCUUGGUAUCACUUAAAAUAUUUCUAUGCUAAUGCCAACAUGAUACUUGAAUUUCGGUAGUAAUUCCACAACAAUCCCUUUUAAUGCCCUAGUUUGAGGAAUAUAAACAUGAUUCCUUUAACAAAAGAAGCCAAAGUUCUCAAAUGUUAAAUGUUUAAACACAAGCAGUUGUAUAAAAACUUUGGCCAAAUAAAAUACAUCAGAAAUUGUCUGAUCAAAAAUUAAAUUAAGAAAAUUACAAAUCUGAGCGAGGAUUUGUUGUCAGCUCUUGGUACUUGACUUUUAGGUUGACACCCAAAAAAAUAUUGAGUUUUGACAACCAGUUGUAUUCAGCAGCAUUCAUUAAACUCAUAACUGACCUGUAACCUGCCCCCGUCUGACCAUCAUCACCUCAUUCAGCUCUCCGUUUGUUUUAUGGAUGUUGUGAUUGUUUCCAUCCAUCAUCAAACCAAUCAGGACACACGUAGCGUUCUGCUUGAACACACCUGAACCCUGUCAGACCAUAUUCUCAUCAGCAUGAAACCACAAUGCACUCUGGUUUACAGCACAACGAGGAGGCUGAUAUGCAUCGGUACUGCUUCCUCUCUUUGCUUUUGCAGAUUGUGACGCCUUGCAGCGCUCGUCUCCUGUCAGUUUACAGCUCUUAUGUCUCUUGUCAGCUGCAGGUAGAUGCAAAUUAGUCUUUUAACAUAAAUGUUGUUAUCCUUACCCCUUGCCUUAGCAGGAGGGAGAUAUGUGUAACUUAGCUUGAAAACCUGCAAGAGUGCUACUUGGGUGAAAAUAUAGAGUCACUGAAAGCUGAGUGAAGGUCCGUUACCGACUCUUUAAGUGCCUAGCAAGGAGUAGUAAUGUUUUUACUAUGACUGAGCUACUUUUACUAACCUUUUUGAAGGUUGCUGCUGUUUUCUAGCCUUGCUUCGGUCUUGAAGUUACAGAUUUUUAAAGGGGCAGCAGAUGGUUUGAAGUUUGGGGAUUGUGACUGAAUGUAUACAGUUUUUGUAUGUGAAUUUUGUAAUCUUAUAAACUGCCUUGCAGGCUAUUGCUGCCUAGGGUGAGAUACAUGAUCCCUGGUUCCCUACGAAUCCAUUCCAACCAGUCUAGGACCCUGAUUUCAAUUGGAAUAACAUAAAGAGUAAUGUGAAGUUAUUGUCUCCCUGUUGAUCGGCUUGUAGUUCAAAGAUGAUGAGUAGAUACAUGAUGAAAUACACUGUGACAGGGAGUCCAUAACAAACUUUGAAAACCCCCUGACAAUCAUGAAAUGCCAAAAAAGUAUGUUUUUUUUUUUUUAAAGAAAAUAACAAUUUUAGCUGAUUGCCUGCCAGCGGCUUAGUAAGAAGGAAUACUGAAACACUACGACAACAAACUUGUGAUUUUAUUUGCUCUCGUGAAAAGCAAAUUUACUUGUUUUGACCCUAUUUGCGGGUAAUCCCACAUAGACGUGCAGACACACAAUGCUACUGUAUUUGCAUGUUAUAACAGAUGAUCUUGUAUGUUUUUGUUACAGUGCAGCAGUGACACAACGGCUGUUUUGUAAAUCCUCGUGAUUUGUGCCAACUGAAUGUAUACCUACCUACUAAUAUCACACCCUGCGUCCAGUCUGUAGUGAUGAUGAUGUAUCUGUAGGAAAGUUUUGAAAUAUCAAAUUCUCUAAUAAAACUGGAUGUUGAUGAAAGAC